AUGAUCCCCAACUCUGUUGAACCCCUCAACCUCCACUACACUGCACUCUUCAAGUCCCUCGCCCUCACCAACCUCUUUCAUCACCACACAUACACCUGGACACAAAAAGACAAACAAUCCAACAUUGAUAGGACGUACGUCAACGACGAGCUCAACACAGCAGUCACGUCCAACGAAGCSAUCACCUCAACCAAGUCCGACCACCUUAUCCUCCUCACCUCCUUCCACAUCAACAACCUCUCCCCACCUCCCCUCUGCACCAGACGAUUCAUCCUCCACCCAAACACAGCCAACGACUCC